AUGCCUGGCCCAGGACUUCUCCCAGACGGGUGGUUUCGUGAGGAGUGCGCGUUGUGGCCGGGACAGGCCCAGGGCCUGAAGGUGCAGGAGGUCCUCUACGACGCCCCGACGGAGUUUCAGCACCUCACCGUCUUCGAAUCCGACCGCGCGGGCCCGUGGGGGACCGUCAUGACCCUCGAUGGCGCGAUCCAGAUGACUGACUACGACGAGUUCGUCUACCAUGAGAUGCUCGCGAACAUCUCCCUUUGUGGGCAUAAAAACCCGGAGCGGGUGCUCGUCGUCGGUGGCGGCGACGGCGGCGUCGUGCGGGAGGUGCUCCGUCAUAAGAAGUCCGCGGAUGGCUCAAAGGGCACCGUGCAGUCGAUCGACCUCGUCGAUAUCGACGCCGGGGUGGUGGAGCAGAGCAAGAAGCACUUCCCUCAGAUCGCGUGUGGUCUUGAUGACCCCUGCGUGAAGGUCACCAUCGGCGAUGGGGCGGCUUUUGUGAAAAACACGCCGGAUAACAGCUAUGAUGUGAUUAUUGUCGACACCACCGACCCGGAUGGGCCGGCCUCGGAGCUCUUUGGGGUUGAGUUUUAUCGGAACAUCAUGCGAAUUCUUCGUCCGGAUGGUAUUGUCUGCAAUCAGUGUGAGUCGAUAUGGCUUAAUCUCCCUCUCAUCACAAGGAUUGUAAACUUCAUGAAGAAUGACAUUGGCUUCAAGACCGCAAAAUACGCCAUGAUUUACAUUCCAACCUAUCCGUGUGGAAGUAUUGGCACCUUGGUUUGUGCAAAGUCUGCGGAGACCAAUGUCUUGGAGCCCCUGCGUCCCGUUGAGGGUCUCGGCUUUGCUAAUGAGCUCAGAUACUAUAGUACGAAGGUCCAUAAGGCGGCUUUUGCACUCCCGAAAUUCGUUGAAUUCUUAAACGAGGAUUAG